AUUCCCUACACGCUGGGUGAAUCGAGAUGUGGCCAACAAAGUUGCUGCUCCGCGCCAACCGGACUAGCAGCGAAUAGCGAGGCCUAAACAGUAACUGCUAAAGUAAAGAUAGCCCGCGAUACACGUGCAGGUUCACAGCAGAUUGAAACACAUUGGUACUUGGUUUCCAGUUCGCUCCUGUCUCCAUCUAUCACCGUGCGAGCUGACUUACCAUCAUGCCAGGGAGAAGGAAGAGCAAAAACCCGAGUGCGAAAGGCUUGCUGACUUGUGAGAUUGCGCUGUUGGACGAUUCGAGCUUUCAGCAGGUCUACAAGAGCAAUACGCUUGGACAAGAUGUGUUCGAUGCAGUCUGCAGAACUCUCGAAGUCCUGGAAGUGGAGUAUUUCGGCUUGCAAUACAGCACAAGCACUGGCGUACCGGCGUGGCUGGACUUGACCAAACCAGUGCGCAAGCAGGCACCAGUUCCCAGGAGUGGAACGCUUCAGCUGGAGUUCCGCGUGAAGUUUUUCGUGCGGAAUCCCAAUCAGUUGCAGGAUGAGUACACAAGGUAUCUGUUCGCUCUUCAGCUUAGACGUGACAUUUACACGAAGCGGUUGCCAUGUUCUCACGAGCCUGCUGCAAAGCUGCUGGCUGUCCUGGUGCAAGGUGACUUGGGUGACUUUGACCUGGCAGAGCAUCGUGAUAACUACACUACUGGCAUUGACCUGCUUCCAGACCAGAGUGUGGAGGUGGUUAGGGCGGCAGAGGCGCACCACCAGUCGUCUUGGUGUCGGAACCUCACUCCUGCCGACUGUGACUUCAUCUUUGUUGACAUGGCACGUCGCUUGCCUCUCUAUGGCCUGGAGAGGUACCCAUUGGAUCCUGCGGGCACCCGAGGGCAACAGCACUUCUUAGCUUGCUCUUACGAAGGCAUGUCGGUUCUUGUGUUUGACGAGCGGCCAAACUUGUUCUCCUGGCCUUGCAUCAGCCGUCUGUCCUACAGGGGAAAGCGUCUCAUUAUGCACCUGCAUAAAAUGCCAAAUGUUCCUGUGGGAUUCCUGUUCGAGUCGAAGAAGCUCUGCAAACGGUUUUGGCGGUUUGCAGUCGAGCACCACACAUUCUUCAGGAGAGUGGCUCCACUGGGGAAAGGCGCUCACAAGAAACGGGAUUUCUUCCGCACUGGCUCCAAGUAUCGAUUCUCUGGUAGAACACAGUCUCAGAUCAUCAGGGAAAUUCGGCAGAGGCACGAUGUCGUUCUGCGUUCACAGCGAUCAACUUCUCCUAGCUUCAAGCGGUACUCCAUGACCCGCUUAUCAUCAGCAAAGAGAAGCCUUGCUCUGGACAGGCAUGGCCCGAAAACACCAGCAAGCCCGUCCAGCAAGUCAACCGCUAGCCAGUUUGAAUUUGUCCCAGCCGUGACCAUCUCCCUACCGAGUCCCAGUGAACAUAGCCAGAGUAAAGUAGAGUCCCCGGUAUCGUCACCCAGCAGAACAGCUGUAGAGAAUGCUCCCAGUGACCAGCCGCCGCCGCAGAGCAUCACCAAGACGGAAGUGUCCACCACAAGACAGGAACCGACCUCCGAAGAGCGGCAGCCGGUCGAAGUGGCACCGAAUGGCCACGUUCUGGUGCAUCAAAUCAGAGGCUCUUCAUCGACUUCCCCAGUACCACCGGUGGACUCUGACCUCACGCCGAUGAACAUGUCGCCACGCGACACUGCAGCUAGUACAGGCGCCUUGGAACGGACAUUCUCCAAUCAGCUACGGGAAGGGCAGAUCUCGGACCUGAGCGAGCUGGUGAGACGGUUUUCAACGCCGGACUUCUCGUCAGCGUUGCCCUCAACCAAAUCAGCCAGCCCCAAUGACGAGGAGGAGAUAGGCCUUGAAGUGAGCAGGGAGACUGGAGACAGGGAUGACAAGUCGGAGAGUGAGCUGGAACAAGAUGAUGAUCGCACGCCGGCGGUCAGUGCCGAUGAGUCUUGCAUCAGUCCGCCGGAGAGCACCCUGGAGCGCCGUCGCACUGACAACCGCAAUGAGACACGUCGAGUACAGCAGCGUGCAUCACCAUCCGUCAGGCCUACCUCUCGGACUAGCGAGAUUAGCCUGUCGGACUCGUCUGAUGACAAUCUCUCAAUGAGUGAGGAGCGAACUAUCCGUGCUUUGAAGCGACGGUUAACUAGACACAGCAAGAAAAAGCCGGCGUCAAAGUCGUUCUACAUCUCUCAGGAACUGCGCGACACAGAGCGGUCUUACGUUGCCGAUCUGGACAUGCUGAAUGUGAAAUUCCGCAAUGCUAUUCAGACGGCCGGCGCUCUGUCUGAGGAGAAGACGAACGAGCUGUUUGAGCAGCUGGAUGAUCUCUAUGCCUUUCACAUUGAGCUGUUGGUGGAGCUGGAAAACCGCAUGGCCUUUUGGGAAGGAAGAUCGCCCGAUCAUGAUCCGACACACUACGGAUACAUCGGUGAUAUCAUGGCAAAGAGGAUGUCUGGCAUGCGUAUCUACACACCCUACAUCAUGGACCAGAGCCGUCUUCUUGGACUUGUUCAGCAGUGGGCGGAUGAGAACGCCAAGUUCCGAGAUCUCUAUAACAGCUUUGAGGCAGAGCAGUGUCACUUGCCACUACUGGAGUUCUUCAACCGACCAAUGCAGCGCAUGGUUCACUACAAGCUACUGCUUGGUCGCCUGAUCAAGACCUAUGAUCCAUCCCAUCAGGAUAUAGAGAAUCUAAAAUCUGCUCACCAAGCUGUCAGCGAUGCUGCAGACUAUACCAAUCGGCAGUGCAGGAUUGCUGAGAAUGAGAAGAAACUCGAGGAGCUGCAACGCGAACUGUCCGGCAUAGAGAACUUGGUGAAGAAGGGAAGGUAUCUAGUGCGGGAAGGUCGCCUGCUGAAGGUGGGCAAGAACGGACCGAGACAACGGCACUUCCUGCUAUUCAAUGACUUACUGUUGUACGUUACACCGCGAGCUAUCGGCCUUCCCCAGGUCAAGUCAACCAUCUCCUUGAAGGACUCCAGAGUGGAGGUAUGUCAGGACGGCAAUCCGUAUGGCGAGAAUGCCUUUGCGUUCUUCACGCGCAAUAAGUCCUUCUUCCUCAUCGCACGCUCAGUGAGAGAGCGGGACGUGUGGGUGGAGGACAUCAACUCAUCCAUUGAAGACACGAAUGGCGCGCCGGACUCGUCACGGACACCCUCUGUAUCCGACUUAGGACAGAUCAAUGUGUCAAGUAACGUGUCUAGCCUGCAGUCGACCGAGAACAUCGUUCUGUCUGCACCACUGCUGCUACCGUUUGAAAUGUACGAUGAGUGCAAGCGCUGUAGAGCGGAGUUCACGUUGACUAAGCGUAGGCACCACUGUAACGGCUGUGGAGAGGUAAUGUGCUCCACGUGUCUGAAGCAUUCGGCCGUGCUGCCGUUCUACGGCACGGUGAAGAAGCGACGCGUCUGCCGAGAUUGCUACCAGAAGUUCCAAGCUUUCCGCAGGAGUGAUAGCAAGGAUUUGACGGAGACUCUCGCCUCCGUGUCGACCAGCGCUGCUUGGAAGACAAAGCCAGGCAGCAACUCGUACAGCAGUCCCACACACAGCUACGCCAGUGGCAGUGGUCACGAGGACCUGCGCUCGUUCAGCAUCCACGCUCGCCUGUCCAGCGACACAACGGCCAGCCGUGGUUCGCUGGUGUCUGACGAGGGUAGCAUGUGGAGCAGCGAUACAGCGUCGCGUACGGGUAGCUUCAGGGGCGGUGUGCGUGUCUCCAUGCCCAACGGCUUAGAUGCCUACCCUGGAGAGUCGCUGACCGAGCUCAGCGAGAUACCUGAUGAGGUCCAGGCUGGGAAUACUUCACCACCACCUCAAGCCGACACUCCUUCUCCUUUAGCAGGCGAAGGCAGUGGUGCUGGUGCUGGUGGUAGUGGUGGUGCACGUGCCAGAGCACAGACAAUGGAUCCACACCUGGUCAGUGCCAAGAAGAGCAUGGGCAUGCCGUUCAGAGGUCCGUCCAUGUCACCGCUGCGGCGCAACACGUCGCUGCGUUAUGACACGGCCAAGCGCAUGCGUCAGCGCAACCAAGGUGUCCUGGAUGAUGAGCGUAUGCUGUCAUCAGUAGCAAACCACAUGAGCGGGCAUCUGCUGUGCAAGCUACACGAAGUGGAGGGUCACCCGUGGAAGCGCUACUGGGUGGUGUGCACCAGCUUCAGCCUCUUCUUCUACAAGACCCACCACGAAACCAAACCACUGCACACUAUGGCUCUGCCUGACUAUGAGUUCAGCGUGGUUGGACCGACUGAUGGAGCUCUCUGCGAACUGCCACACAGCUUCAAGCUCAGCAAUGGCAGCAGUGCCAGUUGUUUCGUCUCUGACAGCUCGCAUGCGCUGGACAGGUGGACGGAGGUCAUCACGAGCUGUCGUGCCGGGCCCAGCCGAGGGUCGACGUACCACAUUAUUAACGCAUAAACGAACCCCCGCUAUCGUCUUUGCCUUUCAAAUUUGGAAACCUUUUUUUUUCUUUUUCAAACGUUCACAGGUCUAUUGUUAACCGUUUAUUUUCCUCUUCCUGGACAUAGGGUGAAUGGCAAUUUUGAGUAAUUUAAAUUAUAAACGAUCUUCUAGCUAUCA